AUGGCAAAAUCCCCUCCAUCCCCUAUCACUUCAGUAUCAUCCCCUACCACUCCAGUAUUUUUUACUCGGAUCAGUGAUAGGGACCUGACUGAGAUCGAGCUACAUUCCGUGGAGUCCAUCAACGACCUACACCGCACCCACCCAGUAUACAACCACAAAGGUACCAGACAUUGCCAGGCUGUAUCGUGUAACUAUAGACUUGCAUCCAAAGGCACCACUGAAAUGUGCUGCUCAUUGCUCCCCAUUGCUUAUAGUCGCUAUAAUCUCCACUGUCUCUAUGGUCUCUUCAGGCAGCAGACGACCUCCUCUUCCUCCUGCUCCCUCCACCAAUGGGAACCUCCAUCUCAGGGACAGACCGAUUGUCUGUCAGACAGGGCAUCCAAUGAGAAGUCGAUGGCAGAGUACGCUCCGAGACCUGUUGACGCCCACCUCGUUUCGAUACACCAUGAUAGCACUGAUGCUAUUGAUGCUGCUUGUUAUCUUCUAUUUCUUAGGUAAAGCUAUUCACUUACUCUUUCAUGAUCUGAAAUCCAACGAUGCACGUUUUGCCUUGGUGUCCCUUUAUGUGACUGUUUCUGCGUCCCCCCUCCAGUGCAGCAGGGCAGCGCUCUCCGGUCCCUGACUAAGGCAGUGAUGGAGAGACAGGCUGCGGCCCUAAAGAUCUCCCAACUCAUCCAGGAGCUGCAGGCGCUGCGCCAUAACCUCUCAGCCAUCACGGGAGGACCCUGA